AUGUCGACGCUUGUCUCACUUCGAGGCAAAUUGUUUGCGCCUAUCACUUUGUACUUCGAUGACGGGCUUGCUGCAUCAAACAAGCAGGCUCUUUUGUGCUCCUCGGAGAUUUCGGCUCUUAAUAUGGAGGAUCGCUUCAUCUCGUCUUCUAGUGCUCCGUUCUCCGACGUCCUCGUUUGCCACUCGGUUGCUGUGGGAACUCUUCAAUACGCUGCGCAACAUGUUCGUCCCGAUAUCGCGACUGCUGUUCUUGAGGUGGCGAAUUACAUGGCUGCUUCAAGCCCAAGAGACUGGAUCUGGGUCAAACUAAUAUUUCGCAACCUUUCUGGCACCGUACCUUCAAAUAUGCCAGGCUUCUCUACCGUUCAACCAAAUUCGACGUGGGCAGUGACACAUCGUUUAAUUGUGAUCACAACAACGGCAGAAAUGUGAGAGCGCAUGCCGCCGUCAUGGCUGGCGCUGCCCUCUUUUGGAAGUCGAGAAAGCAAGUAAUGAUCGGUUCCGCUACAGCACUGAGUCUCAAGGUGACGCCGUUACUUCGGCUGCAAAGGCCGGCCCGGGGUGGACGCUAUUCAACCUGGCGUCCGAACGUGGCAUCAAUAAGGUCGAUCAACCGUUCUCAUGAGGACAACCAAACUUGCAUCAUUUUCUCGAAUAAUCCGGAUUUUCGAGGUCGUACUCGCCACUGGAACAUUCAUCGUUUCUAUCUUCGCGAACGAUUCGAGGCAAGUUGGCGACAACAGUCUCCGCCACUGUCCGACCGAUCUCAAUACGGCCAACACAUCGACAAAGCCCUUCUGAGCAUCGGGAUGGACUCGGAAAGGUAUCGGUGA